AUGUCUGAUAGCGAGUCAUUCUCCGAGCGUGAGCCCAAUGCGUUCGAUGAGGAGUCAUUAGAAGGUCUCUUUGACUCCGACGGUGAAGCGGCAGGGCCUGAUGCCGAGGAUGGGAGUGAUACCGAUGUUGAGAUACUCGGUGAAGGGCCCACUCCAUUCCAAUACACGGCAUCGGGAAGGGGCUAA